AGCAGUUAUAUGCCGAGGUAAGCCCUGUGGUCUUAAAGGUGAACUCUUAUUUUGGCAGCUAGGCGACGUUAGUACAAUGCUUAGUCAUGGUGAGUUACAGCUUUACCCCUGGUUUUCUGUGGCGCACAGAGAUGGAAGAAUUUGGCUCUAUGUAUUUCAGUCUGGAUCUGUGUCCGUGUAGCCUGCCAGUGUUCGCCCGACUGCAUCGGAGAUGCCCUGAGCGGAGAGAUUUCUAGGACCCCCCCCCCCUCAACAGACGUCACCAGCUGCACUCCUUGAGUCAUGUGUCGGGAACCUUUAACCCCUCUGAGGAAGUAACUCAUUUUCACCACCCUGGCUGCUUCAGUUCACCUCGAGCCUCAUUUCUGGACUUGGCCUUCUCACACAUGUGAUGGAUACCUUGUAGCCUCAUAAGUCUCAACAGCAUGUCCACAAUUUAAACAAUGAUCUCUCAGUGUCUGCACACGUUGUUCUAGUACUGACUACGGACUAAACUUCCCCUGAUGGCUUGAGCAGAUUUUAGGAGACAAUAUGUUGAAUCUUUAAUUUAUUUUUCUAAGUGACUUUCAACUGCUUAAUAAUGGCUACGAACUGCGCAUAGCAAAGUUCUGUUCCUCAUCUUUAUGGUGCACCACAUCCUCAGACUAAUGUAAAUCUGAUUAUUUUUGCCCUCAAAAAGUGCAGUGAAAUUGUGUUAAUGGAGCAUCACCUCAUUCACUAUCUGCUGUCCUAGUUUCUGUGACUUUGUGUCAAGACUUGCUGCGCUCUGCUGUUGCCGACCCAAACAACGGAACUAACAACCUUGUCCAAAAAAAAAAAAAGAAACCCCCUUAUCUACCCAGAAGAGUCGGGCUAGCUGUUUCAUGGUGGCAGAAGAGUCUUUGAACAAAUCCCCCCUCACCUGAGGGAAAGGCGUGACGGUGUAUUUGUGCGAGUCAUAUCAGCAGACGGUUCAUUUACCUCUGGACCUGCGCUGACUCACCAGGCUCCAUAGGUGCAGCAGUUCCUCGUGCCACUCGUGCCACUCGUUCGUGGUCUCCCCUCCCUGGGUGCUGUCGGUAGAUGGACUGUGCACGGAGCAGUGCGAGCGGAAUGGCAGCGUCCCCGUCUCUCUAGGUGUUUUCCCAGCAAACGGGAGCCCAGGCUGCACAGUAUUGCCCCUAGGGCCCGCCAUUCAUUUAUUCUCUCUCAUGUUAAUGGAAGUCCCCCCAGCUCCACUCUAGACCGUGACUGUGAUUGCAUCCCUCAGGCAGUGAGAACCACACCUCAGUCCUCAGCCCCAUUUGGCUUCUUCUGGGACUUGUAGUUUUGGCCCAUCUGUUGCUACCCUGUUCUUCUGCCCUUGUGUUUUUUUUUGUUUUUGUUUUUGUUUUUUCCCCCAAGCUUUUGCCCUGACCCUGUCUUGCCCUGGCGAGCAAGGAUGAUUGUGCCCGGGGGCCGUCGCCGGUGAGGAUGUACUCGUCGGCUGGCAUGACGGAAUGCAAGGCGGAGGUGACGCCGUCGACGCGCAACGGCCACCGCGUCUUCAGCUACACGCUGGAGAGUCACACGGGCUGCGCCUUCGCCAUCAUGAACGAGCUGCGGCUGGAGCGGCAGCUCUGCGACGUCACGCUGCGCGUCAAGUACAACGACCUGGAGGCCGUCGACUUCGUGGCGCACAAGGUGGUGCUGGCCUCGUCCUCGCCCGUCUUCCGCGCCAUGUUCACCAACGGCCUGAAGGAGUGUGGCAUGGAGAUGGUCCCCAUCGAGGGCAUCCACCCACGGGUAAUGGAUCGGCUGAUAGAGUUCGCCUACACCGCCAGCAUCUCGGUGGGCGAGAAGUGUGUGAUCCAUGUGAUGAACGGCGCCGUCAUGUACCAGAUCGACAGCGUGGUGAAGGCUUGCUGUGACUUCUUGGUUACGCAGCUGGACCCCAGCAAUGCCAUUGGCAUCGCCAACUUCGCCGAGCAGAUCGGAUGCACUGAACUGCACCAGAAGGCCCGAGAGUACAUCUACAUGAACUUCAGCCAGGUGGCCACCCAGGAGGAGUUCUUCAACCUGUCCCACUGCCAGCUGGUGACGCUGAUCAGCCGCGACGAGCUGAACGUGCGCUGCGAGUCCGAGGUGUUCCACGCCUGCGUGGCCUGGGUGCAGUACGACCGCGAGAGCCGCCGCCUCUACGUGCAGGCGCUGCUGCAGGCCGUGCGCUGCCACUCCCUCACGCCGCACUUCCUGCAGCUGCAGCUGGAGCGAUUCGAGUGGGACGCGCAGUCCAAGGACUACCUGGCGCAGAUCUUCCAGGACCUGACGCUGCACAAGCCCACCAAGUGCAUCCCGUGCCGCACGCCCAAGGUGCCGCAGCUCAUCUACACGGCCGGCGGCUACUUCCGCCAGUCGCUCAGCUACCUGGAGGCGUACAACCCGUGCACGGGCGCCUGGCUGCGGCUGGCCGACCUGCAGGUGCCGCGCAGCGGCCUGGCGGCGUGCGUCAUCAGCGGGCUCUUCUACGCGGUGGGCGGGCGCAACAACGCGCCCGACGGCAACAUGGACUCCAACACGCUGGACUGCUACAACCCCAUGAACAACUGCUGGCUGCCAUGCGCGCCCAUGAGCGUGCCGCGCAACCGCAUCGGCGUGGGCGUCAUCGACGGCAUGGUCUACGCAGUCGGCGGCUCGCACGGCUGCAUCCACCACAACAGCGUGGAGAGGUAUGACCCCGAGCGGGACACAUGGCACUUGGUGGCACCCAUGCAGACGCGGCGCAUAGGGGUGGGCGUGUCCGUCAUCAACCGGCUGCUGUAUGCGGUGGGCGGCUUCGACGGCACCAACCGGCUCAGCUCGUCCGAGUGCUACAACCCCGAGAAGGACGAGUGGAAGCCCAUGGCCCCUAUGAACACCGUCAGGAGUGGGGCAGGCGUGUGUUCCCUGGGGAACCACAUAUAUGUCAUGGGUGGCUACGACGGCACAAACCAGCUCAACACGGUGGAGCGCUACGAGGUGGAGACGGACGCCUGGAGCUUCGUGGCGUCCAUGAGCCACCGCAGAAGUGCGCUGGGAGUCACCGCGCUCCACGGCCGCAUCUACGUGAUGGGUGGUUAUGAUGGCAACACGUUCCUCGACAGCGUGGAGUGUUACGACCCGGAAAAUGACACGUGGGCGGAGGUCACCAAGAUGACCUCGGGCCGCAGUGGUGUGGGCGUGGCCGUUACCAUGGAGCCCUGUCAAAAACAGCUGAGCCCGUGUCAGCAGAAGCAUUAGUGCCUCAACACCCCCACCCCACCCCAGAUCACUCUCUCCCCUCAUCCUCCUCUUUUCCCACUCUUCAUCCAGUCUUUUUUUCCCCUCUCCAGUCUGCCCCAGUCCCAAUCCAGCCACCUGCAGUAGAUUUGUUGUCGUCAGUCAUGUCAUGGGGGUGUGUCACAGGGUCUCUCUCCAUGACCCCCCCCCUCCCCCCACAUGAAAGGGAUUCUCCUUGUGAAAGUCCUGGGUGUUUCAAGAGUAGAGAGGUUUGUCUGGAAAGUUUUUUUUCUGAAUCAAUUUGAUCCACUGUCUAAUGCUGAGUCACUCCAGGGAGAGGAGAUCCCGAGACCUCCCUGAGUCUAAUGCUGAGUCACUCCAGGGAGAGGAGAUCUCGAGACCUCCCUGAGAUCUUUUCGAGAUGUGUCCGACACGAGGGCUCUUCACACUUUAGAAGUUCGGACUCAAUGAGACAAAGCUACCCCUACUGUUCUCCAGACAGAUCGACCUCAUUGCUCUGUGAUCUGAUCUUUCUUUUUUGACAUGGUCUCAGGCUUCUGAUGCCCCCGAAGACUGAAAGCCCCAACUUUUUCUCGUGAACCAAACGGUGGAGUCUGUUCAAAAGCUGUGGUCGAGGUUUGUUUUUUGAGCAGUUUGGUAGAAACCACAAUUCAGCCAAACCCCCGAGGGCUUCUUCUCCCAUGUCUUGUAUUUCUACAUCUUUUUCUUAUCCUCAGAACGCAAAAAGUGCCAUUACCUGUGCCCAAGCGCACGAUCAGUAUGACCCACUCACUCUGCCACGUGAGGUAGUGGAGACAGGGACGAGAGAGGAUCAAAUACGAGAGGUUUGCCAUUCGACCAGGGAGGAAGGAUACCCAGCUGUUAUCAGUAGUCCAGAGGCAGCAAACUGCGGAAACCUCCCCCUUCCACCACCAGCACGUAAUGUAGCGUUGGCGCCACCUAGUGGGCGAAGGACGGCAGAAGACGGGCCACUUCACAUGGCCCGGGAUCUUUCAAGAGUUCAAGAGGCGUGAACAAAAAGCACCCUACGCCGCCGUGGAAACCACACUGACCUCUCUCCAAGGAGCUUCUCGGCUGUGUUGUGUGUUUUUUUUUUUUUUUUACACUGAUGCCACGAAAAGACCUCCCUUUGAUUUUUUUGAUUUUUUUUUUUUUAAAGAGACUCUUCGAAUAAAUAUUUGUGAAUGGACAUGGAGAGACAAAGAAAUUUAACAACAUGGAAGGAAAUGUAUUUGUAACAGCAGUUUAAGCUAGUAUUUUUUUCCAAGAUGUUUUGUACAUUGAUAUUACACACAGUCUUGUACAAAGUUCUAGCGCUUGAUAUUUUUUAUUUAUUUGGGAUUUUUGGCCCUUUUAUUUUCCUUUUGCUCGGACUUGGCUUACACUUUGUAACUGAUAGGACUGUUGUUGUAUUUCUCUCUAACUGAGCAUGUGUUGUAGGAGAUGCCAGCAAUUUAUGCAUUUUUCGAAUUUGGCUCUUCAUUUGAAAAGGAACACUUUUUGUUCUCCUUUUAGUAGUUAAAUAUUAACGGAUUAUUUAAAGAUUGCUUUGUAAAUUUUACAGCAAGAAAUACACUGUACAAAACAUUGUAUAAUAAACAACAUAUGUUUAUUGUAAA